ACGUUAUCUGUCAUGAAAUUGUAGUAUUAGCGUGUAAACCUCGAUAAUAAAUUUGUUUGAUCGCGAACUUUCUAGAUCAUUCACUGGCCACUAAACUCGUCUCUUUUAUACUUCUUCUGUAGUAUGCUACUCUUCUGCUCUUUUUUCUUCAGCCUCAUGUGAUUCGAAUUAAAUAUUCCUAAAAUACGCUUAAACCUGCUCUUGUAGCUAAUAUUUUCGCUGUUGUUUUUUUUUACACGUAAUUUGAAUUGUGCAAUCGUCCAGCCAUACUACUAUCCUGUUUGACGCGAGUCCGAUCCAUUUAUUAUAUAUUUGACUAUUUGGCGAUCUGAUCAAUUUCGUUUGACAGUGAUUUUGCAAGGUGAUUUGUUACUAUGGUGGACGCAGUGCCUGCUAUGUUUGGCUUAUUAGUCAGCGGAAGACUGGUACGGACAGAUUUUGAACGUUUAGAAGAAACAAAAUUUAUGAUAACUAUCAACUCUGCUGAAUCUGUAAAUUACAUUUGUGUGUUUUUGACCGGUCUUGUGCCAUUUCCUGAGGGAACAGCUGGUUCAGUGUACUUCAGUUGGCCAGAUGAAAAUGCAAAACCGAAUUGGCAACUUUUAGGUAUUUUGUCCAAUAACAAGCCGUCUGCCAUUUUUAAGCUUUCAAAUUUGAAACAACAUUUUGAUGUAACAAACCAACCAACAAAUGCAUUUAGCCAAUUCCCAUCCAUUUCUAUAAAUGCUCAAAUUGGUAUUUCCAUUGAACCUUUAUUAAAUGCUGAAUUGCAAACAACCAGCAUAGAACCAGCACAAAAUGUAUCAACAUUUGUAGAGUUUACUCAAAAAAUGGUACAAAAUUUGUAUAAUUAUGUAUCUAGUUAUGCAGUUGAUGGUGGUCCACAGCAGACACCUAUGGUACCACUUUACUUAGUUCAAAAAUGGUAUGAAAACUUUGAGAGGAAAUUAAAUUUAAAUCCAAAUUUUUGGAAAUCCUAGUAUUCAAUUUUUAAUAUACACCUAGUUUUUUUUUUGAUACUUAGUGUAAUAGGAUUUAUUUGUUACUAAAAUGAUAAAUUCACAUAAAAUAAUAUAUUAUGUAACUAUUUUACAAGUAAUAUACAAAGACUGUCUAAAUUAUUAUUAAUGAUAGUCUUUAGGUUUAAGAUAUGUGCCUUAAGUUAAUAAUAAAAC